GGCCGCUCGGCCCCCUGGGGCAGCAUCAGGAUGAGUCUGGGCAUCAUGGAGGAGGAAGACCUGGCCGAGUACUUUCGGCUACAGUAUGGGGAGCGGCUGCUACAACUGUUGCAGAAAUUCCCGAACAUUGAGAACCAGUUGGAGUCUCCAUCCAUCCGGCUCCUGGAGAAGAAGAAGGAAGCCAAGAUCAUGCACCGGGCUAUGGAGCAGAAGAAGGAGAUAUUUCAGCGCCGCAUGGAGACCCUGAACCUGCGCUGGGAGGAACUGGGUGUCAAGGAGGCCCAGCUGAAGGCCCACAUCCAGAAGUUUGAACAGUUCAUCCAGGAGAACGACCAGAAACGGAUCCGGGCCCUGAAGAAGGCCAACAAGGAGCGGGAACUGAAGAGGCAGCGCCUGCGAGAGCUGGCCACGGCCAAGCAGGAGAUGGCGGCCUUGCGGCUGGAGCACCAGAGGCUGAGCGGGAGGCUCCAGGACUACUCCGUCUUCAACAAGUACCUGGAGAAGGUGGUGGAGAGCUCGGAGUUCGAGGAGAUCCACGAGGUGAUUUCGCGCUACAAGACGCUGGUGAGCAUGCACCAUGACCUGAUGCAGUCGGCGCAGGAGGGCCAGGAGAAGAUCGAGCGCGCCAAGGCGCGGCUGGCACGCUACAUGGAGGAGAAAGAUGACGAGAUCCUGCAGCACAACAACGAGCUGGCGCGGCUGCAGAUGCGCUUUGACCGCGCCCGCAGCGAUGUCAUCAUCUGGGAAUCUCGCUGGGCUCACAUCCAGAACACCGCCGCCAAGAAGACCCUCUUGCUUGGCACCAUUAAGAUGGCGACGCUGAACCUCUUCCAGAUCGUGAGCAAGCAGCUGAAGGAGACCACCACCGUGUCCCUGGAGGACACGCACAAACAACUGGACAUGAUCCAGCAGUUCAUUCAGGAUCUGACGGACAUCUGGGCAGAGGUGAGGAAGAAGGAACAGCAGCAAGUCCGGGUUUAAGAAGCAGCCGCGGUUCCAGAACGUUCUGAGGCGGAGACUGAGAGAGGAUAGGUUUCCGGUGA